AUUUGCUACCGUGCUCACGAACACACGUCCGUUUUCAUUAUAUAAUGAAAGACUAAUUGAGGAAACUUCAAAUUUGGGAAUAAAGAUAAAAGAGUUUGUUUUUCUUUGUCCCAAUUGAAAGAAAAACUAUGGAUUGUGUAAUGAAUCAAUCGUCAUCUAGCAAAAAUGUUGUUGCGGAUGUUUCAUUUGAGGGGUAUCUACCAAACAUUGUGAAUUCCGAAUUGUUAAGUUUUCCAUUGCCUCAAAGGACAGAUAAAGCCAAUUUGCCAUUUAGUCCAAUAAAUUAUGUCAACUUUGACAUUUCUGAAGGUGAUUUUGCUCUGAACAAUGAUGAGGGAUCAUUUUCAACCUCUCAAAGUCCUCCAAAUGGUUCUGAAUUUAAUUCACAUCAAUUAACUCCAGCUGAGUUCAAGUUUGCAACUUGCCAAUCGCCUUUAUCAAGUAAUGCUGUGAUCCAAUCGCCAAUGUCUCAAUCGCUACCGAACAUAUAUUCCGAAAAUCAAUUGGAAAUGGCUAACUCCUCAACCGGCAAUGAUGACAGCCCUACAAUUAUUUCAGAAGUUAAAUUGCCAGAGAAUCGCUCCAGACAACCCACCAAGAAAAGGAUUUUCAAAAUGCGUGAAAGACGUUACAUACAACCCAUCGAUAAAGUUGCAGCUAUACUACGCAUACGACAAGGCGCUACCAAAGCCUCCAUUUCGCGAGCUAUAAAUGUGCCCGAAUCCACCAUCAGAGGUUGGUGUAAAAAUGAACGCAAACUACGUCAGCUGUGUGGUCUGGAAGAAGCCUCCGCGAUGGAUGUCAUAGCGAAUCCCUACCAAGACACAGUUGUGACCUUACCAUGUGAUGAUAACCCAUCUGCCAGUAUUUCUUCCACUGCAGCAGCAUCUUUGGAAAAUGAUCAUCCCUUAAUUAUGGAGAAAAUAUUUUCCUUUAAUGAUACCUUGCAGAAGUUGAAGGACCUUAACAUUGGUACUUCGAUGCACAAACUUGAAGCAAUACAUAAUCCCAAUUCUAUGAUCUACACGUCCAGUGCAAGCAUUUUAAAUGCCGAAUAUAGCCAACUUGCUGUUGCACAAAAUGUAUAUUUGUCAGCUCUUCUGUAUCCUCCAAAGGCUACAAAGCUAUCAGGGGUUACGCAAUAUGUUAAAAAGAAAAGGACUUUGAAAAAGUUCCUGAAAAAGGUUACCAAUAAAAAUCAAGGAUAAGGUUUUAAAGCACGAAAGAAACCUUGGAAAAUUUUGUAUUAGUUGGUGUUCAAUUAAUGAAAGUUUUCAUUAUUCAUCAAUGAAGCAAAACAACUUUAAUGUGUUAGUUUAAAAAAAAAUUUAUAACUAGUUAUGAACUUUUACUACCUAGUCUCUAGUUAAUAAAUAAAACAAAAAUCGAAACCUUCAAA